CUUUCAUGUGGUAAAUACAAAUAACGGAUGUACAUCUGUACCAUCAAAGUAACUCCAGCAAGUAUCAAGUACCAUCAUCACAAGCUACGAUUAGUCAGWUCCGMUUCGUAUUUCUAUUUACUGUUUAAGCAGAUGUACGCCUCGCUAUCAUGAAAAUUACACUAUAAAAUUGGUGUACAAGCCCGUCUCUUUCAAAAUCGUCUUUGCCGUCUCAAGGACUACAUCGAAUAUGGWGUGGUUAUUUCAAGUGUUCUUUUUAAGCUGCACAUUUUGUGCAUUGGGUUCUAGGUCACCAAGACCACCCAGUAGUCCAUUCGGUAUGAAAGUGGCUCCUGCACGAUCAUCACUCGGACCAAUGCCAGGAGACGUGGUAGAGGGUGACAUUGUACUUGACGGCAACACAGCUGCAUUAUUGCGAGGAGAAAUAGGGCGUAAUGCUAUGGCUAAUGUUAAGAAGUGGCCCAAUGGAGUUGUACCGUACAUCCUGGAUUCAAGCGUUGAUGACUAUCUUCGCAAACAAAUUGACAUUGGUAUCGCUGAGUAUCAUAAAUACACUUGUCUUCGUUUUGUCAAGAGAACAUAUGAGAAAAACUACAUUCGCAUUGUCAAACCAGGAUCAGGUUGUAACUCUAUGGUAGGUAUGGUAGGAAACGGAGAACAGAUCUUAAAUAUGGGUCCUGGUUGCGAGUACGUUGGUUUGGUACUCCAUGAAUUUGGUCAUGCUAUUGGGUACUUUCAUGAACACAACAGACCCGACCGUGAUAACGUUAUUCAAGUACUCUGGGACAAUGUCCAGGAAUCUUUCAAAAGCGCWUUCAAAAAGUACAAAUUUAGUGAAGCCGACACCCAGGGGUAUCCCUACGAUCUGACAUCCAUCAUGCACUACGAGAACAGCGCAUUUGGUAAAACUGGCUUCUGUAAGACUACCAUUAUUGUCAAGAACGACCCAUCAUAUGAGAUCAGACCAGUUUAUGAYAGAGGGGUGUUCAGUCCACAAGACAUAAAGAAAAUCAAUAAGCUGUAUGGAUGUAGGACUACACAACUUCCAGAUAUUGUUAAACCUGGUACUGGUAACCCUGAUCCAAACAACUGUAAAUGRGAAGACAAACACGCUAAAUGCCCUGAAUGGAAGAACAGUGGAGAAUGUGGCAAUAAUGCAGGAUGGAUGAGCUCAAACUGCCCAAAAUCUUGUAGAGUUUGUGGAGAACCCGAUUCAGAUUGCAAAGAUGACAUGCCAGUUGCMUGUGAAGAGUGGGCCAAGAGAUAUGAAUGCAGCAACAAUCCAAUCUGGAUGAACAAAAACUGCCCCAAGUCAUGUGGAGUUUGUGGUACUGCCGUGCCCCCAACGCAAGAUCCAAACCUUUGUGAAGACGGUAACUCWGGSUGUCCCGGGUGGGCCAGUACUGGCGAAUGUAGCGCAAACUUUGAAUGGAUGCACAAAAACUGCAAGAAAAGCUGUCGCAUGUGCGGAGAACCACCAUCAGAUUGCGUAGAUAUGUACCCUCAAGCUUGUGAGGACUGGAAGAAAAAGGGAGAAUGUCAAGCCAAUCCCACAUGGAUGGGAAAGAACUGUCCAAGGUCAUGCAAGACAUGCAGCACUACAGGUACAACUCCAUCUCCUCCCCAGACCCAGCCACCCGUGACACCUCCCGUUACUUCCAUUCCGACGACGGACCCUGACUGUACCGAUCCUACCCCAACACCACCAAAUACCAUAACACCACCAAAUACCCUACCUCCAACACCUCCACCAAAUACCCCACCACCUCCAACACCUCCACCAAAUACCCAACCACCUCCAACACAGGCCCCUGGAAACUGCAAAGACGUUUACCCAAAAGAGUGCCCCAAGUACCAAUCGUGGGGAUGGUGUUCUAGCGCUCAGCACCUAGAUUACAUGAAAGAAGUUUGCAGCAAAACUAACUGUAAAGACGUGUAUCCUCAGCACUGUCCCGAUUACAAGAAYAAUGGAUUYUGCUGUACUGGUAAACAUGCAGCGUACUGUAGYGAAGUCUGCAAAUUUACUUGUGGCUAUUGUUCAUAAUCUGGAAAUGCUCAGGACAAAACGAGAGCAAAGAGUAGAUUAGAAAGCCUUGUUGGGUAAUACUAAUAUAAUAAAGCUUAUUAUUACAAAA